AUGGCCGAGGUGGAAGAUGAGGAGCACCAGCUGUCCGUCCAGCACAAGAACCUCCCGCCCAAGUCUGAGGUCACCUCUGGCAAGGACAUCAACACGUUGGUGGACCAGCUCAUCGAUGAGGAGCCCAACUUGUUGACCCGACGGAGGCACCGAGAGGGCCUGGUGCAGCUAUUGUCCAGGCUCUACCAGAUGGAUGCGGAGGCUGAGGCGGAGCAGGAGGAGGAGGACCAAGACUCCAUGCAGGGCGUCGCCGUGGUGCUGCGCGGCCUCACAGGAGCCCAGCAGGUACUGAACGGCGAGAUCGCUUCUGUAGUCAAGGCGAAAGGGGAGAAACAGAAAUACGAGGUGGAGGUGAAAGGACAAGUGGUGAAGGUGAAGGGCAAGGAUCACUUGCUGACGGUCAACACCAAGGGCAGUUUGGCCGCUGGCGCGUACGUCGCCAUCCGGGGCUUGCGGAACCACAUCGAGCUGAACGGGUGUAUCGCCCGAGUGGCCGAGUGCCACGAGGAGUCCCAGCGCUAUGAGGUGAGGGCCCUGGACAGCGGCCAGCUCUUCCGCGUAAAGAAGGAGAACGUGGUGCUCAUUGAGGCCACGCCCCAGGUCAUAGCUGCCUCCGCGGCCAUGAAGGAGAACCGGGAAGCCAUGAAGGAGAACCGGGAUCCCAACACGCCCCGCAAGAAGGAGAUCCCAGAGGGCGAGGACGUGCUGGAGAUCGGGUCCACCGUGGAACUGGUGGGCUUGAAGACAGCCCAGGCCUACAACGGUCAGCAGGCGGAGGUCCUUUCAGUGGAUCGAGUUCGAGGCAGAUACGAGAUCAGGCUGCAUGACGGCUCAGUGAAGACCAUCCGGGCCGAGAACGUGCGCCUCGUGGGGAAGAGCCCCAGGAAGCGUAAGGAGAAGGGCGGCUGA